AUGGUAUUUAACUACAGAUAUAUAUACACCGGGUCUAUAGACGUGAAUAUGGAAAAUGCUCUGGAUCUUCUUACAGCUGCAGAUCAAUAUCUUCUCGAGGGGCUAAAGCGUCUUUGUGAGUACAAAAUUGCACAGGAUAUACUAGUGGACAAUGUAUCACUUAUGUAUGACUUAUCAGAGGCCUUCAAUGCCAUGUCACUAAAGAAUGCUUGCAUUAUAUUCAUUCUCAAGAACUUUGACAAAUUACAUGCAAAAUCAUGGUACAGUCGCCUGAUCAAGCGUGUAUUGCCAGAGAUGCGUAGUUACUUUGUGUGGACACUCACAAGGCUAGCGGAAGCUGACAAGGAAGAAUAUACAGUGAAGGUUCGUACGAACUAA